AUGAUUGUUCGGCUUGUUAGUGGUUCCUUUCUUCCAGACCACAAUGGCGUUCCUGUAAUUCUAUUUUCCUUUACAGGCGAUACGCGUGGUAGGAUGCUAAAAGCUCGUAUGAAUGAGAAGUCCCUUGUUAACCGAGAAAGCGAAUUUUAUGACUUUAGCCCUAGAGUUGGUGCUCAUUUGAUCCUUUUCGUUCGGUACAUGACGAGUCGUUUGCAGGGAACAACGCAAACCCUCGAUCGUCCAGAGAUCAGGUCAAGUAUUGCUACAUAUAUCGAGUCUUACACAAUCGAUCAUCUGGAAGCUAGUGGAUAUAUCAGAUGA